AUGUUCCAACCCAUCCUCCGCGUCGCCUCACGGCAACCGUCCCGCCUCAUUCGCUUCCCUCUCCCAGCAACUCGGCCACUCUCCUCAACCCGCCAACUGCGCCUAAAAGAGGACAAGAACCAAAGCCCCGAACAAAUCGAGCAGGCCAAGCAGGAACAGUUGAAAUCAGGGAAAAAGAAGGAAGAGCUCGAGUCGCAGAGCGAGUCGGUCGUUGGCGCGGAUCGAGAGGAGGUCAAGGAUCAUGAUCAGCAUAUUGAGCAGUUGCAGAAGGAGGCGGCGAAGCAGCAUCAGAGGGAGCAUCCGGAGGGGAAGUCGUAG